AUGAAAAAAAACAAUUUGGAAUGGAGGGCAACAAAUACAGAAUUCAUGCUGGUAGGAUUCCAGCUCAGUGAAGAGAUGGAAUUGCUCCUCUUUGGUAUCUUCUCCCUGUUAUAUGCCUUCAACCUGCUGGCAAAUGGCAUGAUCUUGGGACUCAUUUCCCUAGACCCCAGACUGCACUCCCCCAUGUACUACUUCCUUUUUCAUCUGGCCAUCAUUGACAUAUCCUAUGCUUCCAGCAAUUUGCCCAGUUUGCUGGAAAACCUACUCGCUUCUCAUUUUGAGUUUGGUUCUAUAGAGUGCCUGAUUUUGGUGGUGAUGUCCUAUGACAAGUCCGUGGCAGUCUGCCACCCCCUACAGUACACUGUCAUCAUGAACUGGAGAUUGUGCAUGGUCCUAGCCAUCACUUCCUGGGCAUGUGGAUUUUCCCUGGCUCUAGUACAAGUAAUUCUCUUACUCUUCUGUGGGCCCCAGGAGUUGAACCACUUCUAUGAAAUUUGCUUUGUCCUCAAAUUGGCCUGUGGUGAAACCUAGAUCAACGAAAUAUUCCUCUUUGCUGAUGGUGUGUUUAUCUCAACUGCGCCCCUUUCCCUGAUGCUGGUCUCCUACGUGCGCAUCCUGUGGGCCAUCCUGAAGAUCCAGUCAAAGGAGGGCCGCAAGAAAGCCUUUUCCACCUGCUCCUCCCACCUCUGUGUGGUUGGGUUCUACUUUGGUAUCACCAUGAUGGUUUAUAUGGUCGCCGACAGUAGUCAAUGAGAGGAGCAGCUGAAGAUCCUUUUCCUGUUUUACACUGUCUUCAACCCAUUGCUGAACCCCCUUGUCUACAGUUUAAGGAAUGCUCAAGUGAAGGCUGCCUUCCGCAGAGUAUUGCAGAAAAAGCGGACAAUGUGA